CGGCUCACGGAAGAUAUUUGCGAUGGCUCAUGAAGGCGAAACAGUUGCUCUUCCCAGAGGAGAGAGUGAGAGAGGGAGAGGGAAGCAGUUCUCUAACCGGCGAGCCGUGAUAAAUGUGCAAACCUUUGCCCCAAGGAGGUCGAGAAUUUUCUAGAGGCUUCUAGAUCCCCAGACGGGAACUCACCUUCCAUCCGACUCCUCACCCGGUCGGCUACUCUCCUUCCGGUUCCUCGCGGGAAUCCGAGCUUCACCACCAGAAGCCUAAUGCAGGAUUUCCAGUCGAUACCGGGCGUCUCCGGCCGCAUCUUCGGCGGCGGAGGAGGAGGUGGUGGAGGCGGGGCGGAUGUCCGGCGGCUAAGGGGGUACCCGGCGGCAGCGCAGCAGCAACCACCGGUCAAGUGCCCGCGUUGCGACUCCACCAACACCAAGUUCUGCUACUAUAACAACUACAAUCUCUCCCAGCCCCGCCAUUUCUGCAAGGCCUGUCGCCGCUACUGGACCAAGGGCGGCGUCCUCCGCAACGUCCCCGUCGGUGGGGGCUGCCGGAAAACCAAGCGCUCCUCCUCCUCCUCCUCGUCCAAGACCUCCAAAUCCUCCUCCACCACCGGCGAUGGCGACAAAGACAGCCGCCGGCCCUCCGCCUCCCGAUCCAGCAGCGACAGCUCCAGCCUCACCGCCGCCACCACAGAAGCCUCCGCCUCCGCCUCCGCCUCCGCGUCCGCCUCCGUCUCCGCCUCUUUCCCCGACUCCACCCUCUUCGCCUCCUCCCAGACCUCCCACCCCAACCUUUCCUUCGAUCCGCCGCCGCAAACGGUGGCGCUGGACACUCUAGGUCACCAGGCGCCCGAGAUCUUCUCGCAGGUGGCGGCGGGCAGCAGCUUCACCGGCCUGAUGGCCACUGCUGCCACUUCACCGGCGGUCUUAGGGUUCAACUUCUCCGAUCCGCCGCCGAUCCGUGUCGGACCUCAGCAAUCGCCUCCCAAGGCGGCGGCGACGUUGGCGGAGGAGAUCAGGAUGCCGGGACUAAUGGAUCAGACGGCCCCCGUGGAUCUGCCACCCUUUCACGGGCGAUCGGGCGGUGGCGGUGGGGGACUCACCGGGCUGGACUGGCCGGCAACGGUGGACCCUUCCCUUUUUGAUCUCACCAGCGCCGUCGAUCCGGGUGCGUUCUGGAACCAAGGCCACUGGGGGGACGCCGAUCCCUCCCUCUAUCUUCCAUAAUUAGUCCUUCAUUAAUCUCCCCUAAACUAUAUUAUUAAAGAAAGAAUGAUUUCUAUGUAUAUCUUUUUUUUCUUUGUUUUUUUAAAUUGGGUUUUCUUUUGGAUGUGUUUGGUUUUCUUAUCUUUUUGUCGAUUACGACUGACCGGCUUUGUUUUCAAAAUUAAAGAAAUAUAGCAAAAAAUGCAAGGAGUUGCCUUCUUUUUCUCUCU